UCACCCAGCCCAGCCCUGAAGAUGGGGAACUGCCUCAAAUCCCCCACCUUGGAUGACAUGUCCCUGCUUCAUGAGUCUCAGUCCGACAGGGCUAGCUUUGGCGAGGGCACGGAGCCUGAUCAGGAGCCACCAAUACAUCAGGAACAAGUUCCAAUUCCAGUGUAUCAUCCAACACCUAGCCAGACUUGGCUAGCAACUCAGCUGACCAAAAAGGAACAAAUUAGGAUAGCUCAAAGAAUAGGCCUUAUACAGCAUCUGCCUAAAGGAGUUUAUGACCCUGGAAGAGAUGGAUCAGAAAACAAGAUCCAAGAGUGUGUGAUCUGUAUGAUGGACUUUGUUUAUGGGGACCUGAUUCGAUUUCUGCUGUGCAUGCACAUCUAUUACCUGGACUAUAUAGAUGACUGA